AUGUUCUUGUGGACUCAGUUGGUUAUUAACGAGCUCAAAUAUUGCUACAGUGAUGCAGCCAUGGAAGAAACAAUCCAAAAUCUACCAAGGGGGUUGAAAGCAGCGUAAAACAACCCGGCUGAUGUCUCUAGAACUAGCUAAUUAUAACUGGGGCAGAUACGGACGCAUACUGGAUCGAAUCAUGGAUCCUACAAACCCCCCAAAUGCAAGAAACAUGGCUAUUCGCAUUCUAGGAUGGAUGGCUUGUUCGUACAGGGCACUAAAAAGUUACGAGUUGCUGGACGGUAUUGCAUUUGAUGCUACGAAUACCAUUCUAAACUCUAAGACCAGAAUACGAAGAGACAUACUAGAUCUUUGCCGACCUCUCAUCGAAGACAGCCCCACUGGCACCAUUGACUUCGUUCACUUUUCAGCCAAGGAGUAAGCGCGCCGCAAAUCUUUCGCACCAUAGACUGACUCUCGUAGAUACAUUCUAGAAGAAGCUUACCAAGCCUCGAGACCUUUCAUCUGGCGUGAAAACGCUCACUUGGAUAUCUCAUUUUCAUGCAUCAGUGUUUUAGCCUCUUCUUUGGCAUUGCUUCCGACAAACUGCACCGACUCCGAAAGGGCCGGAAUCAUCGUUCACGGAUUUCACGGCCUUCACAUAUAUGCCGAUCACUUCUGGUAUAAACACCUUCUUGAAUAUUGCGAUUUCCUACACCGUAACAACCGUCAAAUCUCGCUGGAACUUCUCGUUCAACUCAACAGACUGCUGAACUACAAGAAAGCCCACCCAGGAUGUCUCACUUCAAUAGCCGAAUCGGGAGAGAUGAAGCUUUUCACAAAACCACCAUGUUUAGAUGUAUUAAAUCAUGCCCCUGAGGUCAAGGACUUGGUGUUGGAAGUGCUGGAGUUCAGGUCGCGACCAGACUUAGCAGCCAAUUCUUCUGAUAAAAGCCUUGAUGGUAGGACUGUUAACUACAUAUUGCUCCGCGCAAAUACUGACGGCAAAGCAGCCAUUUCGUUAGCAAUGUGCGAUACCGAUCCAACCCAUUUUAGUGCUGCCCGUCAGUCCUACCAACGAACGACUGAAUCCUUAUUGCGAGACGAUGCCUUAGUUCUCUUUCCGACAAUUGAAUUCAAACACUUGGAGGCUUUUCGAGACACAUAUGGCUCUACCGCCUUUGUAUGCAGGUACCCAGGUUGCAACUCGAAUACAGACGGCUUCGAAACUUCGGGUCAAAGAGCCCAACAUGAAAGCAAACAUCAGAGACGACUCCGCUGCGGUUUUAGAACAUGCUUCUCUUUCACCACCGGGUUCGCAACCCGUGGACUUCUCAAGGGUCACAAUGACAAGUGGCAUUCGGCGGUUGUGGAUGGCCUUAGCCUCGCCCAAAGCUUAAAAGCAGCAUCUCCCGUCUCAGUACACAGUAACACGGUUUCUCAUAUUCUCCAGGACAGUAACCUUGAUCUAUUUGAUGGAUUCUUCUUUGGUAAUGCGGACAAUCUUGUUGCCCCCCAACCCCGCCCAAACGGUCAGCUAUCUCUCCCUCUUGCAAAUACGAAUGUCGCCGCUUCUCAACAGCUGGACAAGCCUGCGUAUGAGAAUGUGCUUCAGGGUUUCGAUUUUGAUGCAUUCCUUCGUGAAGGCGACGAUGUGGAAAAUUUCAAUUUCGACACAGAUCCCCUUAUAAAAGAUGUCCCCGCUGAUCACGAAUCCCCUCCGCCUGACUACCAAGAGCAGCCCCUACAACUCGAGCGACAAAACAAGAGAUGGCUUAUGAUGGCUCGUGAGGAGCAAGACAAAAUAUGCCCAUGCAGCAGCUUCAACCGCAAACAACUCCAUCCCAAUCCCCUUCCUAUAACGAAAAUAUCUUAACCGAUUUGCAUAGGCAGCAGGAGGCACGAUUAAACGGUUCUUUAAGUUGGCAGACUAGUUUCAACCCUAGGCACGCUAGAAACGUUUAGAUAUCUCGGGGAGGGUUAGUAGGGUUCAC